UAAUACCAAUAUUCCCAUUUAAAUUUUUUUAAAACAUAGAGAAUAAAACAUUUAAAAAGUAGAUAAAUUGGAAUAAAAAGAGAUAAUUUAGACAAAUAGUAUGAAUAUUCCCAACUAAAAGUUUUUAAAAAAACAGAGAGAAUAAUUUUUGAAAACGUAAAUGAAUUUUGGGGGAAAAAGAGAGAUAAUUUGGAAAAAUAUAUAUGGUGCUAGCUCUGCUCGAGGAGGAUAUAAUGGCGGGAGCCUUUCUUCCUCCUCUGUCCGCUGCGCCACCGCACCUCGAAUUCAUAAGCUUGUGAACAAAUUAUAAUUUCCAAGUGUUUCGGGAGGCGGCGAGGAGAUCGAGGAGGUGGAGAUGGCGGUCGGGAACGAGUGGAUCAACGGCUACCUGGAGGCGAUCCUGGACGCCGGAGUGAAGCUGCGGGAGCAGCAGGGGCCGGCGGUGCAGCUGCCGAGGCUGCAGGCGUCGCCGCUCCUGCCGGCGGAGGACGCCGCGGCGGCGACGGCGGCGACGUACAGCCCGACGAGGUACUUCGUGGAGGAGGUCGUCAGCCGCUUCGACGACCGCGACCUCCACAAGACAUGGACCAAGGUGGUGGCGAUGAGGAACAGCCAGGAGAGGAACAGCCGGCUGGAGAACCUGUGCUGGAGGAUCUGGAACGUCGCCAGGAAGAAGAAGCAGGUGGAGUGGGAGUUCUCGCGGCAGCUGGCUCGCCGGCGGCUGGAGCAGGAGGUGGGCAGCCGGGAGGCCGCCGCCGACCUCUCGGAGCUCUCCGAGGGCGAGAAGGACGGCAAGCCGGACGCCCAUCCCACCGCGACGCCCGAGGUGGCGGCCGACGGCGGCGGCGACAACCACCACCAGCCGCCGCCGCCGCCGCAGCUCAGCCGGUUCGCGAGGAUCAACUCCGACCCCCGCAUCGUCUCCGACGAGGAGGACGACGGCAGCGACCACCGGAACCUCUACAUCGUGCUCGUCAGCAUUCAUGGGCUCGUGCGUGGCGAGAAUAUGGAGCUCGGCCGAGACUCUGACACCGGCGGCCAGGUGAAGUAUGUCGUGGAGCUGGCACGGGCGCUGGCGGCGACGGCGGGAGUGCACCGCGUCGACCUCCUGACGCGGCAGAUCUCCUGCCCGGACGUCGACUGGACGUACGGCGAGCCCGUCGAGAUGCUGACGGUGCCAGCCGCCGACGCCGACGACGGCGGCGCCGGCGACUCGUCCGGCGGCGCGUACAUCGUGCGGCUGCCGUGCGGGCCCCGCGACAAGUACCUCCCCAAGGAGUCACUCUGGCCGCACAUCCCGGAGUUCGUCGACCGCGCGCUGGCGCACGUCACCAACGUGGCGCGCGCGCUCGGCGAGCAGCUCGCCUCGUCGGCGGCGGCCGACGGCGGCGCCGGCGUGGCGCAGCCGGUGUGGCCGUACGUGAUCCACGGGCACUACGCGGACGCGGCGGAGGUGGCGGCGCACCUGGCGAACGCGCUGAACGUGCCGAUGGUGAUGACCGGCCACUCGCUGGGCCGCAACAAGCUGGAGCAGCUGCUGAAGCUGGGCCGCAUGCCGCGCGCCGAGAUCCAGGGCACGUACAAGAUCGCGCGGCGGAUCGAGGCGGAGGAGACCGGCCUCGACGCCGCCGACAUGGUGGUGACCAGCACCAAGCAGGAGAUCGAGGAGCAGUGGGGGCUCUACGACGGCUUCGACCUCAAGGUGGAGCGCAAGCUCCGCGUCCGCCGCCGCCGCGGCGUCAGCUGCCUCGGCCGCUACAUGCCGCGCAUGGUCGUCAUCCCGCCCGGCAUGGACUUCAGCUACGUCGACACCCAGGACCUCGCGGACGGCGACGCCGUCGACCUCCAGCUGCUCAUCAGCCCCACCAAGGCCAAGAAGCCCCUCCCUCCCAUCUGGUCCGAGGUGCUCAGGUUCUUCACCAACCCGCACAAGCCGAUGAUCCUCGCGCUGUCGCGGCCGGACCCGAAGAAGAAUGUCACCACGCUGCUCAAGGCAUACGGCGAGAGCCGCCACCUCCGGGAGCUCGCCAACCUGACGCUGAUACUGGGGAACAGGGACGACAUCGAGGAGAUGUCCGGCGGCGCGGCGACGGUGCUGACGGCGGUGCUGAAGCUCAUCGACCGGUACGACCUGUACGGCCAGGUCGCCUACCCCAAGCACCACAAGCAGACCGACGUGCCGCACAUCUACCGCCUCGCCGCCAAGACCAAGGGUGUGUUCAUCAAUCCUGCUCUUGUUGAGCCAUUCGGCCUCACCAUCAUAGAGGCUGCGGCGUAUGGGCUGCCGGUGGUGGCGACGAAGAACGGCGGGCCGGUGGACAUCCUCAAGGUGCUGAGCAAUGGCCUCCUGGUGGACCCGCACGACGCGGCGGGGAUCACCGCGGCGCUGCUCAGCCUGCUCGCCGACAAGGCGCGGUGGUCGGAGUGCCGCCGCAACGGCCUCCGCAACAUCCACCGCUUCUCCUGGCCGCACCACUGCCGCCUCUACCUCUCCCACGUCGCCGCCAACUGCGACCACCCGGCGCCGCACCAGUUGCUGCGCGUCCCGCCCAGCCCGUCGACCUCCGCCUCCGCCUCCGGCGGCGCUGCCGCCGCGGCGUCCUCCGAGCCGCUCUCCGAGUCGCUGCGCGACCUGUCGCUCCGCAUCUCCGUCGACGCCGCCUCGCCUGACCUCAGCGCCGGGGACUCCGCCGCCGCCAUCAUGGACGCGCUCCGCAGGCGCCGCUCCACGGACCGCCCGGCGGCGAGCUCCGCCAGGGCGCUGGGGUUCGCGCCGGGCCGGCGCCAGAACCUCCUCGUCGUCGCCGUCGACUGCUACGGCGACGACGGGAAGCCGGACGUCGGGCAGCUCAAGAAGGCCGUCGAGUUGGCCAUGUCGGCCGGCGACGGCUCCGGCGGGCGGGUCGGGUACGUGCUGUCCACCGGCAUGACCAUCCCCGAGGCCGUCGACGCGCUCAAGUCCUCCGGCGCCGACCCGGCCGGCUUCGACGCGCUGAUUUGCAGUAGCGGCGCGGAGAUCUGCUACCCGUGGAAGGGGGAGCAGCUCGCCGCCGACGAGGAGUACUCCGGGCACGUUUCUUUCCGGUGGCCCGGAGACCACGUGAGGUCCGCCGUGCCGAGGCUCGGGAAGGCCGACGGCGCGGAGGAGGCGGACCUCGCCGUCGACAACGCCGCCUGCUCCGUGCACUGCCACGCCUACGCCGCCAAGGACGCAUCCAAGGUGAAGAAGAUCGACUCGAUCAGGCAGUCGCUGCGGAUGCGCGGCUUCCGGUGCAACCUCGUCUACACGCGCACGUCCACGCGCCUCAACGUCAUCCCGCUCUCCGCCUCCCGGCCACGCGCGCUGAGGUACCUGUCGAUACAGUGGGGCGUCGACCUGUCCAAGGUGGCGGUGCUCGUCGGCGAGAAGGGCGACACCGACAGGGAGCGCCUCCUCCCGGGGCUGCACAGGACGGUGAUCCUCCCGGGGCUGGUCGCCGCCGGCAGCGAGGAGCUCCUCCGCGACGAGGACGGGUUCACCACGGAGGACGUCGUGGCCAUGGACUCCCCCAACAUCGUCACGCUCGCCGAUGGCCAGGCCCUCGCCGCCGCCGACCUCCUCAAGGCGGCCAUCUGAUCAGGAUCAGCGAGCUAGCUGCUCUCUGCUCUGCUCUGCUCCACUUCUGCAAACUAAGCUUGCUUCCAUGGAAGCAUAAUUAAUUGUUGCUUGAUGCUGUUCUUGCACAAACAAGCAUACGUGUCACUAAUAAUUUGUGUAUAUAACCCGUCAAAGAAAAACAAUUUGUGUAUAUAAAAGAAACGGAGAUAAACUCUGUGUUCCUCAAGGGGAAUUUUGAAUGGCAAUAAUAACCCAUACUUGAAAUUUUUGUAGAGUUUUUGAAAACAAAUGUUUCUUUGAUGCUAGAG